GGCAGAGAGAGAGUUGAAGAAUUUAUGUAGUGAUAAAAUUGUAUUAUCAAUGAAGGUAGUGAAGUAAGAGUAUUUGUACGUAAACACAUAUAUUAGUAAAAUUUUGUUACAUUAUUAAAAACUAUAAUGGAUGAAGAAUUAGGCGGUAUUUCCGAAGAAUAUUAUGAUAUACCUCCUGUUAAAUAUGAAUAUUUGGACCAUACUGCUGAUGUUCAAUUACACGCAUGGGGCGACAGUCUUAAAGAAGCCUUCGAGCAGUGCGGGAUGGCGAUGUUCGGCUACAUGACCGAGCUUGAGUACGUCCAGAUCAAGGAUGUUCACACCAUCGAAGCGAGCUCUGACGAUCUCAUGGGAUUACUUUACCACUUCCUCGACGAACUGUUGUUUUUAUUCUCCUACGAACCAUUUUUGAUAUGUAAGAAGUUAGUCAUAACGGAGUUUAACACGCAAGAGUUUAAGAUAGUGUGCAAGUGUUACGGCGAGGAGUUCGUAAUUGGCAAACAUCCCCAAGGCACAGAAGUCAAAGCUAUAACUUACUCGGCCAUGCAGAUCAUUGACGAUCCAAAGGACAAUAAGUACGAAGUGUUUGUUAUCAUUGACAUAUAAUUUUUUUUUAAUUUUUUUUUGUAUUCAAGAAAUAUACGU